CAUAGCUUCAUAUUGGAAGAAAGUGUACGGUCAAAGUUCCCCAACAUCUAUAAGGUUAAUUUCCCCAAUUUCUGUCCCAUUCCACCCCCAGUUCGAUAAUGGACUAUAAAGGCAUGUCGAAGGCCGAUUUGGAGAAAGAAAAGCAACUCAUUGAAGAAGAACGUGGAAAAAUAGACCAAAGCUAUAGAAAUGCUAAGGCGAAACUAAAUCUGAAGUAUCAAAAUCGCCGAAACCCAUGGAAUUCUAAAUUUGAGCAAGUUGAGAAGGAACUGGAAGAACGUGAUAAAUCCCAGUCCGAACUGGCCCCAAAGAAGCCUAAGAUUGAUGCCGAUGCUCCCAAUCCACACUGGUCCGGAACAUUGAAUUUAUUGGCCAAAACCUAUUCUCACCGAUCCGAAAACAAAGUACCCUCUUCAAUACCUUUGACAUAGUUGCUCAACUUUGGAAAGUUUCAUUCGAAUUGAUAAAGUGGUUAUAACGUGGCGUAUGCCUAAACUUGACCAAUAACAUUGGGCCAAAUGGGAAAAACUUCAAGUUGAAAAGCCUGUCUAGUCCUGUGGUAUUUCGAGGAACCAACAAUAUAUUAUUAAACCCUUAUAUCUCAUCUACAAAAACAGUUGCCCCUUUUUGCCCCUUUUGCAAAUGGGCGGAGAAAUUUGAGUUUAUUCAGAGGCAAAUUGCGUGAGAAAAAUUAAUGGAGUGCUUCAAUCAUUGACAUGUAUGAAAUUUGUGAGUACUCUAAAUAACACAAUCGCUUCGAAAGAUCUUGCCCAUUCCUUGGGGAAGGGUCCAUGGUAAGUCAAACCCUUCCAAAAAAUUUAUUACCAAGGGGGGAUUUUAUGACGUGGGGGCCCCUUGAGGAGGGAUGACGAAAUUUUUAAUUUUGGCCCUGUUUUCUUUGUUAAUGAGGUCAGAGGGAAGAAAUACUUCAUAAAACUAUAGAAUAUUGUCAUUUUAUAAAAAUACAUCCUCAAAUGUAUCGAAACAAAAAUUUCCAAUUUUCAUUUUGACGACACCCCCUGGCAGUGGGUGUGUCGAUAAUGUCCCAAUGAUAGACAAAAUUUUAUAGAGCUUGAUGAGACCUUCCAAAUGAUACCCCACUUGCUGGGGUAACGUGAGAAAACAAUUAUUUGCCUUUGACCACACCCCCAAGGGGUGUGGCUUUCAUUGAAAGUUGCAUAACUUAUACCCCUUGGAACUUCAUAUCUCGAUUUCCGAAGACAGAAUUCGAAAAAAUUGACUUGUUCGAGAGUUAUAGGUUUUGGCAAACAAAUAAAGCAAUCCGGACCAGUGUGCAAUCCUAUCAUUCAACGGGGCGCAUCCCCCACAGGGGGUGAAAGUGAGGAGAGGACUGCCAUUUCUUCCAGUAGCAAAGCUGAAAUUAGCUUAUCAGGAUCGAGUUUGGGUCCCGGAAGCAGCGUAACAUUGUCACAGCGUGGCAUUUCUAAUGUCAAUUUCAGGUUUAGCGUCGCCACAACAUCUGUGAUGGGAUAAAUAGCACGCUCGUCAAGUCCGGUACGAGUGGUACGGAGGAGUCCACCCCGUCUUCGUGGGAUUUUAGUAAGGGGACCGGUUUGAAAGACCCAUCCCCACCGGAACCAGAAAAAAAGGUGACUCUUUCUCCAAAACCAUCGCCCAGCCUGGACACACCCCCUGACAUGGAACUCGUAGUUCAGGGUGGUGAAGAUUUACCAAAGUGGGGGGAUGAUGAGCCAAAGCAAUGAUUGAGAACUUGAAUGCAAAGGAAUAAGCAUGUAUAGCAUAUCUUAUCUUGCAUACAUUUUUUUUAAACAAUCCUUAAUUCCAUAUUUUACGGCGUGGCAAAGUGUAUCAAAUUUUCAAGGGGUCGCGUUUCAUAUAUAGUAUUAAAUUUGGGUACGUCUUUUCAUUAAAAUGUUUUAGAAUUAAGUAAUAAGAAGAGUCAUGAAAAAUGAGAAACAAAUCUCAUUUUGCUAAUUCACGAGGAGGAGAUAGUCUCAGUUUCCCAGCCAGCUGAACUGCGGGACUCGUAUUGUGUAAAUAAAUAUAAAUUGCUGUAUUUUGUAUGUUGUUCCACAUUUUUCAUUCUGCAUUAAAUAAUCUAAUUUAAAUUAUUACAUUUAAUUAACGAAAUACGAUAAGCAUUCUCUUCCCAUCGAUAGUGACGAAUUAUUAGUGAUAAAAUGGCUCAAUUAAACUGUCUCCUCUGCCUGGACAACGUUGAAGGGGAACAUCUUGCACUAAAUUAUUUAAAUUCGACCCAAAUUAUUCACCUGUACGACCUCCUCAUUCCGAAAGAUCGGAAUUCUCGUCAAGAUCUCAUAGCUAAUUGUCCCUCAGAAAACAAUUAUGGAUUCACUUUGUGUCAGAAUUGUUCCUUUGAAACGACACAGAUUGAUCAAAUUAAAGAACAAAUAUCCCAAUUGGAAGACGACGUAAGACUGAAAGUUGACGAAAUCCGAAGGAAAAUGGUGCAUUGUCCUGUCGAGAAAGAAUUGAGUCCAGGGUUGGGUAAAAUUCGGGCAUGUUUUCUCCCCUGCUUAUCGUCAGACGGUGGAAGUGAUUCUGGUGACAUCCAAGGUGACGAUUUGCAAGUCAAAGUAGAACCAGAAGAGGAUUACGAUUACGAAGAUAAGCAUUUCCUUGGAGACGAUAAUAAAGUUGACAUCUCGUCACCUCCCGUUAAUUACAAUGAAGACGAUCCACAUCUUACAGAUUUUUCCCAUUCUUCUUCUGACGAGGAAUCGUCUUCUUUCCUAAUAACGCCGGAUAAUAUUAAAGCCAUGAAAAAGAAAAACAAAAAUACGCUUUGGGAACAAAAAUCUAUGUCAAGAGUCUCCACAAAAAUUAAAACCAUUAAAAAAUCCAAUAUACCAACCUCACAGCGAAUAACUCGUUCAUCUGCAUCUCAAAAUAGAGAAGCGAAACCCGCACAAAUUUCCGAGGAAACAAAUUCCUCCGAAGAUAUCAAACCUUCAAAGACAGAGCUUGACGACGAAUCAUCAUCCACUCCUAAAAAAAUAAAGGGAGAGAAGAAACCACUGAAAAAAUAUGGAAAGAAAAAACUUCCCAGAUUUCCGUGCAGCCUUUGUUCCAAAAUAUGUUACGAGCACUGCACCCUUGUCACCCAUAUGAUGACUAGACAUGAAACGAAGGACAAGUCUCAUUUUUGCAGCAAGUGUAACAAGGGCUUCACUGCCGAGGCGAAUCUCCAAAGACAUUUCGACCUCCAUGCAUUUGACAACACCAAACCAUUAGCUUGUUCUGUUUGUGAUGCAAGAUUUUCAGAUCAGGAACGUCUCGAUAGGCACACGCUCACGCAUGGGAGAAAAUAUUGGUGCGACCGGUGUGGAGCAGAGUAUAAUUCGAAGGAGAGGUUUGACAGUCAUGUUCGCACCCACACGGGAGAGCGUCCCUAUAAAUGUGACCAAUGCCCCGAAGCCUUCAUCGACUACAACGGCAAAAAAAGACACAUCGAUCUCGUCCACAGUGGGACUGCUCGGGAAAGUUGUGAUUGUCCCAUUUGUGGAAAGAAAAUCUUGACAUCAUCUCUCAAAUCGCAUAUGGAAUUAGUUCACGAAAACAAGAAGAACUACAGUUGUGACGAUUGUGGGGAAAAAUUCAAGAUGAAAGACACUUUAGCCGCCCACCGGGUCAAAGAGCACAAUGCGGAUAGCAUAGUUUGUGAGGAAUGCGGUGGAACAUUUACUACACGGAGAGGUUUGAAUCGCCAUAAAUCCAACCAUAAUAUGGAACUUAAAUACACCUGUAACACAUGUGGUGCAAGAUUCAGAGCCCAACAUCAAUUAACAUAUCACGUCCGCUCCCACGCCGUUGGACAAGAAGUCAUUUGUCAACAUUGCAGUAAAGCAUUCAAACAUGCGCCCCAUUUAGUGGAACACAUAAAACGAAUCCACACACGGGAUUAUGUCCCGAAAACUCCGUUUGAAUGCAACCACUGUAAGAAACGGUUUGCGUCCAAGAAAGACCGGGACUGUCAUAUUCGUCAACAUCACACGGGAGAGCGGCCCUUCGUCUGCCACCUGUGUGGCAAAGGAUACGCCGUCGAGACCACGCUGACCCUGCACUUGAAGGGUGUUCAUCAAGUUGAUGUUCAAUGGAAGAGAGCAACUGGGUGGAAAAAGUCGAAACGCGAUGAUUUUGUUGGGGCCAAAGAGUCAGAAGAAACUUAAGACUAGUACAUUAUACAUAUUUAUACAUAUGAUUCAGCAGUCAUGGUACUGGUGUUAUUAAUUUAUACCUGGAAUAAUUAAAGAGAUGUGAACUAGACUUGGGUUAUUAAAAUCGUGCACAUUUUUUAGUUUA